AAAUAACUGUCAAUUGUCAUAUCUAUAUGGGAGUUAUUGUGAUUUUUCCUCUGAAAUCUGAAUUAAAAAUACAAUAAUUAUUUUCGUGUAUUUAUUUCGCAUUAAAGACAAUGAUUAAACUGUUCUCAUUAAAACAACAAAAAAAGGAUGAAGAAGGUUCGGCACGAGCAGGUGGAUCACAGAAAAAAGCGUCAGCAGCACAGUUGCGAAUCACAAAAGAUUUAAAUGAAUUAAAUUUACCCAAGACAUGUAGCACAGAGUUCCCUGAUCCAGAUGAUUUACUUAAUUUUAAAUUAAUAAUUUGUCCUGAUGAGGGCUUUUAUAGAGGAGGAAGAUUUGUAUUUAGUUUUAAGGUAGGACCAAAUUAUCCCCAUGAACCGCCCAAAGUGAAAUGUGAAACUUCAGUAUAUCACCCUAACAUAGAUCUAGAGGGCAAUGUUUGCUUAAAUAUACUCAGAGAAGACUGGAAACCAGUGCUAACUGUUAAUUCUAUAGUCUAUGGAUUACAGUAUUUAUUUUUGGAACCAAAUCCAGAAGACCCCUUGAAUAAGGAAGCCGCAGAUGAGCUUCAAAGCAACCGAAGACUGUUUGAGCAGCAUGUGCAAAGAGCUAUGCGUGGUGGUUAUGUAGGGACCUCCUACUUUGAACGGUGCCUCAAGUGAACACAACUCAGCUGUAAAUUAUAUUAACACUAUACAAAUAAAUAAAUCUCACAAUU